AUGAAGAAACACUUUGUCAAAAAUUGGGUUGAGCUAUUUUCAGAUCCUAUCACCUUGAAUAAAGAGGAACAACGAAUCUUUGCACAUGCUGAUUUGCCCGUGGUGGAUGACGAACUGUCUAUAACUUUACGGUUAAAACUUCACAAGCAUAAUUCCGAUUGGACUAGUAUUUUUCAAAAAAGUGCCAUUGGUGAUAUUCGUACGCCUGGAUUCUGGCUCACACCAAAUAAAUCUUCUUUAUAUGCUCGCUUCACAGGCAACUGGAAUUCCAAUGCAGGAAUUUUUGAUGUUGAGAUCGAUGACGGACUUUUAUUAAACAAAUGGUACCAUCUUACUUACACACUUUCUGAUUCUGAAAAGAGGUUAGAUAUCUACGUAGAUGGUGAAUGGGUAGGAUUCUUUGGCAUCCAGGAUGUUAGAACGCAAAAGGUUGUCUUCAAUGAUAGACCACUGUACAUCGGACGUGCUUACAACAUGGGAUUUAAUGGCGAAAUUAGCAACGUUCGUUAUUUCAACUGGCGUUUAUGUGCUGAAGAAGUGAAAGAAGAUUUUUUUAAAAGGAAAAUUGUAUAUGGAUCGAAGGUCGCUCUUGUCCAUGUGACUACUGGAAGAUAUUUGUCUACCAAAGGAGUCAUAUGCCUUUAUCAAUAUCUGGCCAUAGGUAAUGGUAAGGAAAUAGAUAUGAAAAAUGAUAUUUGGACGGUUAUUGGAGCCCAUGAUAAAAGUGUAAGUAGGGGAAGCCCAGUGCUCUUUAAUACCAUCAUUGGAUUUAAGCAUCAGGCGUCAGGAGGAAAUUUACAUUCCCAUUUUCUGAAAAUCAAACCCGAAUCAAAGUAUCAGCAAGUGACCGUCUUUCUCGGUGAAAAUAAUGACGACAAUUGGCUUAUUCGACGUCAUAAUUCAAAUGCUUAUUAUGAUGACUCGGGUCAUUUGAUGAAUGGUGAUAUAAUCUGUCUUUUUCAUAUCAGUACUAGUAAACCAGCACUUUACAGUCAACCCAUCUUUUCUGAUGAUGGAACACAAGAAGUUUCUUGUUAUGGAAAUGGAAAAGACGAAAAUAAUAAGUGUUUCAUUGCAGAGAUAAUAUCAGAGAACAUGGUCAAACUAGCAGAACAACCUUGGGAUGUGAUGGUUGGCACAACUCGAAAAUUACCCGACGGAGGUCAAUUAGGAGAAGUUACAGAGAGAAUAAGUGACUUUUGUAAAGAAUUUCUAUGGACAAAUGCGAUAUCUAAUUCAAGAAAUUUGUCGACAUGCCAAAUUAAUCUUGAAGAAUUUUCACCGGUUUUAUUACAAAAUGUAAGUGAUGAAAGGAGACAAAGAAUGAUUGAUAAAACUCCUGAAAAAGGGAUUCAGUCAAUCAGUAUAUUUGCAAAAAAGAAUUCAACAAGAAUUUUCACGUAUGUUAAGAAAAUACUUAUGAGAUCAAGUUUGGAAAUCGACGAAAGGUUUCUUUUUAAAUAUUCAAAAAAAAAUGAUGAUGGUACCGUAAAAUUAGCAAAGGGAGAAGUAGUUGACCAUUUAGUGUUAGAAUUCGACUCAGUCAAGCACUGGGAUAUUUGA